AUUGAAUGCAGUAAAUUAUACCUGUUCAGUCAGAAACAAAAGUACUCGACGGUACUAAAUUAAUCAAUUUUCGUUCAAGUUGACGUUUGUUAAAACAAUGUUUGGAUAACAACCGAGAAAAUAAUAAGAAACUUAGGUAAUAAUCAGCUAGCUGAUUAAUAGACAACAUAUAUAUAUAUAUAUAUAAUAUGGAAGAUGAGCAGUUUGUUGAUUAUAAUAUGCUGAAAAGAAGCACACCAUCUUUACAAGCAAGAUUAAUACAACUACAGAGUGCACCCUAUGAGGCUGAACAAGCUACAGAGGAAACAAAAUGUAUCUUAAAAAAAUGUAGAGAAGAACAAAAUAUUGUAAAAACCGCUUUAUCAGAAUAUGAACUUGAAAAUGACAAACUUCAGUGUGAGAAAGAACAGUUAAACCAAUGUUUAGAAAUGCAAAGGCAUCAUGCUGGAGAACAAAUUAAUAAAUUAAAAAAGAAAGUUAAAAAGAAAGAAAAAGACCUUCAGCAGAGUAACCAGAUUAAUGAUGAACUAAACAAAAUAUUGGAAGAGAUUGAAAGUAAAAGAACAGAAUUUCCUGUCAGAGAACGAAAUGACGUACUUCAACAGAAGGAAAAAAAUAAAAUAUUGACUAGAGAAAACGAAUCAUUAAGGACUGCAAUAUAUGAAUAUGAAAACAAACAAGCUGAAAACAAGAAAGAACAUAUCGAAAUUGAGCAAAAGUUUAAAGUUGAAAUCAACAAUCUUCAGAUUAAAUACAAAAGAGCAUCUGAAAAAGUCAGAAAAUUUGAAAAAGAUUUAGAAGAGAGAAAAUCAAAAUCUGAGGAGCAACAAGCUAUAUUCGAUUCAAAACAAUGUCAGUUUGAGAAGACAAUAAAGGCAUUAAGGUCACAGACUGAUGAAAAACUAAAGUCAACAGAACUAAGAUGUUACACUUCAGUUGGAGGUAAAUCAGAUACUGAGAAAGACAAUAUUAGCUUAAAAUCUGAACUCACAGUGGCAUUGGACAGAAUAGAAAAAAUAAAACAAGAAUAUAGUGAUCUUUCAGAAAAAUACGAAACAGGAAAGAUUGCUUCUGAAAGGACAAUUAAAAGUCUACAACAGGAAAAGACCUGCUUAGAGCAAGAAAAGGUUAAUUUUAGAGCUAAAUUGGAUCAUAUCCAGAGUGAUUUGAAUCGUUUCAAAAAUGAGCAAGUUCAUCAACAGGAUUCCUCACACGGGACAAUAGAUAAUCUUCUUCGGCAAAACAGACAAUUAGAUAAAGACAGAGAACUGUUGAGAGGAAAAAUCUUUUCACUGGAAAAUGAUAAGAUUAAACUUGAAGAUAUGUUGAAUAAAAGUAAGGAAGAUGAUAAGAAAUUAAAAAGAGAUCACGAUAAAUUGCAAGACAAUUUACGAGAAAAAUCAAAUGAGCUUAAAGAUUCAGAAGUUAGAUUAAGAAAACUGGAAGCCAGUAUCCUAUUUCUUCAAAACACAAAAACUGAAAAUGAGCAAUUAAAAGAAUCAUUACAUGAAUUAGAAGGAGUAAAGAGGGAGUUUGAUAACCUAGACAAAAGGUUAACAGGAGAAAAGCCUAAUCAGUAUAGUACUUAUGAAGCUAUGCAAAAUAAGAAAGAUCUUGAAACAUGCAAACAUCAAAAGAAGGCACUGGAAGAUGAGCGUAAUGAACUUCAAGAAGAAAAUAUUGAACUGGACAAUGAGUUACAGUGUAGAAUUGCCAUUUCUAAAUUGCACGAAGCUGAGAGACAGAUGCGAAAGCAAAAUGAAACAAUUGAAGAUCAGAAACAAGAAAAAAGAGAGAUAUAUAAGGAAAAGAACGAUUUAGAAAACAAGCUGAGGUUAGCUUCAAACAAUGAAGAACAGGCUUCUUUAGGCAAAGAAUGUGAAAAACUUCUGCACGACAAACUAAAAGAACUAAACAAAUUGAAAUCAAGGUUUCAUGAAUUAGUAGAUUCAAAGGAAACUUCAGAAGUUCUUAUAAAAAAAGUUGAAAAUCUGCAGCAGAAAAAUUCAGAAUUAAAUCAGAGGCUUGUAAUCAACAACAAAGAAAAAUCAUCGUUACACAAAGAAAAUAAAGAACUGAAGAACAUUCUCCAGGACAAACUAUCAAAAGUGAAAAGAUUGGAAGCAAGGGUUAUGUUAAGUAAAGAAGAAAAAGUUAAAUUGAAAAAAGACAAUGCUGAUUUGAAGCACAAACUGCAGAGCUUAAAGAAGAAACUGAAGGAAUUUGAAAACAGGUGUAUCCCAAAAGUUCUGGAAACUGAAAGAAAUAUAAAAGAGCUUGAAAACACAAUUGAGGAUCUGAGAGACGAAAACAGGAAUCAUAUGCUAAAACUGGAAAAGUUUAACGAGGAAAAGACAGAAUUUGAAAAGCAGCUGAGAUUAAAAGACGACAAAGUGGAAUUGCUGUACAAUUCACUUGAAAAGGAAAGACCUGAACACGAGUCAGCAAUGAAACGGUUAGAAAUGCAGUAUACGGCAGUGCAGAAUGAGUGUUUUGAACUCUGCUUGAUACUCCAAAAUAUACACAAUAGCUCUGAAAUAUCUUUUGAAAAGUUAGGCUCUGUAAUCGACAAAAACAUUUUCAGGCAGAAAUUAGAAGAAACAGCAGCUAAGGAAAACACGUUAGCAAAAGAAACGAAUAAAAUAAUGAAAAACUUCGCAUCUGCUAAAGAUAAAAAAGGGUGCAUCAAGGUUUUAACGAAAAGAUUCGAGAAAACAUAUUCUACAUGUGACAAUGGUAUCCCAUCAGAUGAAAAUACAGACAUGGAAGAUAAUACAACCAACAGUUCUUGCCAGAAAUACUAUGAUGACGCAUUAACGGAGAGCCGAUCAACGACAACUUGUCAUAACAGAAUGAAUAAAACCACAAAUGUGUUUAAUGUGAAUAUAGUGAGCAGCAAGGUAUCAUUUAAUGAAAACACAGAAGAACAAUUAUCAAGCUUGAAUGGUAGUAAUGGUCAGUACCCAGCAAUUGACGAGGGACCAUUACUUUGAAUAAGUCAUCCACAAGUAUAUUGCAUUUUAGACUUUUAACAUUUCUUCUAAAUAGACAAUAUAUUUGUUUAUAGUUGUUCUGGUUUGUUUGUUUGUUUGUUUUGUUGUUUGUUUUUUUAUUGGGAAAAGGGGGGAUUAAAUCAAAAUUUGUUUGUAUUGUCUUAUCACAUUGUUUUUUGUUUUUAAAAUACAUUUGUAGAACUAACUGAGGUAUAUUUAAAACAAACAAUUAAACCAAAGCUAUCACAAUUAAAGAAAAGUAGGUACUUACAAUGAGACGAGAAACUUUUGUUUACUAAUUAGUCAAUAAGACAUGCAGUCAAGGUUAUUGAAGAUUGUCACAUGGUGAUUAUCUGCAAAGGAUCAACGAAAAAAAACUGACGAAUAGUUUUCAAUUUUUAUUGCAAACCUUAAUUUUAUUCAUUCUAAGUUUAAAGAUGCCAACUAUAGAACAUGUGCAUUUGC